UGAUAAAUUAUAUUAUCAUUCUCAACUUAAAUUACGUGAACACGUUAGCUGUUUGCAGAUAUGAGUAUUUUAACAUUAAUAUAUUUAAAGCAUUUUUUUCAUUGAAAAAUCACUAAAAUAUGUUGAUAUUUUAAUGUUGUUUAUUAUUUGGUAAUAGGAAUAUUUUUUAUAUUUUCUUUUUAAUGAAAAAUCGUGCAUCUUGUGAAAUAGUUAUGUGCAUCAUCAUCAGUUUGCUGGAUUAUUUAGCUGAAUCAAGAAACUUACAUAAAGUUUUCUCUGAAUUACACGUGAUUUUAUGGGUAAUUAGUAAAAUUACCGUGAAAAAUCCAAUUUUCAUUGUAAAAUUCUAACAAAGAUGAUUGACCCGAAUGAUCAAUUAUUGCAUCUUUCUACAACGAUAUAAAAGAGACAAAUAGAUAAAGCACUGGUAGUUGAUCUUUUGCCACAGAAGUAACUUACUUGAUUAAAAAAAACUAAAAAUGAAGCUCUUUAUUUCCUUACUAAUUACUAUCGUUAUCUUUGUUUUCAUUAGUGUCUGCCAAGCUCAAUUUGGUGGUUAUGGAGGCGGAUAUGGUGAACUAAUGGGAGGCCCUGGAGGGGGUUAUGGUCGAGGCAGAAUCGGUGGUUAUGAAAGACCCAUGUAUGGUCCAGAAAUGGGUUAUAGACGUGGUGGAAUGCGUGGUGGAUAUGGUGGUAUUGGAUUCAUAUAAAUGUCAUAAGAGUUGAUUGUACACAAUUGUAGUAUAAUAGCUAUUUCAAUAAAAUUAUUCAGCAAAUGUA